AUGCCAGUUUCAAGUCAACCCAGUCAACCUUCGUCAAGCCCUACGGGCAUGCACGACCCUCUCGACCUCUUCGACUUCAGCCAGUUCGAAGGAGCACCAUCAUAUGGAUCAACUUCAGCCUUAGCAUCUUCUCCACUUAACACUAAAGAAUUCACGUUAAGUCGAGGAGGGACGGUAACAACACCAAGUAUAUUGCCAACCACGCAGGCAUUAUCGGGUCCUAGUCAUCAGUACGACCGGUAUAAGCAGCAGACGCCUUUUGUCCCAGGAGCCCUCACCAAUACGAUGGCUCUCAACAAUAGUAGCCAAGUUUCCGGUUAUGCUAUAGAUUUUAUACCAGAAAUCGGUUCGAACGAAGACACCUUCGACUUUAACACUGUGCCGUCGCGGAAUAUGUGCGGCGGUGAUAUGGACCUCGAUUUCGAUCCCGCGUCUGAUCCUUCGUAUUUCUUCCCAGAGACAACGAUUGACCCCAACACAAUUGGAGGAGAGUCUCAAGCAAUAACUUCGCCAACUGUUCCGAGCCAGACAAGCAACGUUGGUAGGAUGUAUCCUGGCAUGCAUCAGCAGGCAGCAUUAGCAAAGGCGCAGGCACAGCAGAGGCAACAACAGCAUAUCAUCCAGCAGAGACAAAAUCAACAAGCUCAUCAACAAGCUCAACAAACUCAGCAACAGAGGUCAAAGGCUCCUCUGCCUUCGGAUCCAAUUGUAGAGCAAAAAAUUACUCAGCUUCUUAAUUCUAUGAGGUCGAAAGCUGGUGCCAGUCCUGGUGAUUCGGGCGAUAAUUCCACUCUUCUUCAGUUGCCGAGGUCCAAGAAAGAUGAAGAUGACAUGGAUGAAGAUGAAAGACUACUCGCUAGUGAGGAAGGAAAGAAACUUAGUAGUAAGGAAAGGCGCCAACUACGCAACAAAGUUUCCGCCCGGGCGUUUCGGUCAAGAAGGAAAGAGUAUAUCACCCAACUCGAGACCGAGAUUGCCAACAAGGUGACUGAGAACGGUGACCUACGUGCUCAGAACCGUGCUUUAAUCGAGGAGAACAAACGUCUUACCGACUUCAGCCAGAUGUUACUUAGAACGCCAGCAUUUUCUAAUUUCCUAGACAAUUUAACUGCAAACAACCCCUGUUCACAAGAAUCGCAGCAACAGCAGCAGCAGCAGCAGCAACAGCCACAACACGAGCAGCAACAGCAUGAGGCUCAAGUCUCUAAAGAUGUCAAUCCCUUCGUCGCUUGCCAACAGAAUCAGCAUCAACAAAUAGGGAUGGUUAUGAUGCCCGAGCAAACAAUGGAUGUUUCUAUGCUAAACAUACACUCUGAUUUCAAGAGGCAACCCCGGUGGAUUGCACAAUAG